CAGCUGGUGUCAAGCCACCUCUUCAAAAGGAAGGGCCCGAGGCUGAGCAACUCAGCAAGCUAGCGCAUAGCCUUUAGCUGAGCAACCCAACGAGUACGGAACAAAAGAAGCAAACAACAAAAGCCUGCAUGAUGUGAAGGCGUUGUGAGACGCCUCCUGUUUCCCCUACCUUCAAAACUUACCAAAUAGCCAGCAGCCAAAUACAGGUACAACUUCUGAUACAGCCCCGCUUGUCAUCAGUUCUGACGUGGAGCAUUAGCACGACAAGAAAAUGGCCACCACUAGUAGAAGGGACAACCCCCGGCGGCCGGGCCCAGGGGCCGGCAAGGGUCCCCAGGGUUUACCAAACCCGUUCAACCGGGGUUUUCAAAACCCUUUCAACCGGGGAAACAACGAGGGGGGAGGCAGGCUGCGAGCGAGCAGGAAUGCCGUGAGGCAAGCGCUGCUCCGGGAAGGCAGGAGGAAAGGGGCGCUGGGGGCUGACGUGAGAGCAGUGGACGGCCAAGCGGACAGCGACUGGGGCGCCAUGUUUGAGUUUGACCCGGACCUUGUAGCUGCUUUUGACAAGAACAUGAGAUUCUUCAAGCACAUGUUCAGCGUUGACAACGUCCUGGCACCUCUGCCUACCCCCCUCCGACGGAGCCUCUCUCGUAACUUCGGCCUUUUCACGAGGGUCUUCACUCAGUUCGUAGACAGAAGGGAAACACGGAACCUCCGGGCAUCGAUCCCGGGGCUUGCGCAACUGCAAGAGAUUGCGGACGAAACGGAACAUGAGCGGAUGCAGGAGUUCCGCAAGAAGCACCUCGACGCCAUGGCCAAGGCGAAAGCCGAAGCGGACAAAAACAGGAAGAAAGCUGCAGCCGCAAAGUAAGGUUGUGAGAAGAUUGUGGUAGGGCAAAUCUUAACGUCCUUGUUGGGGUUCGCUCCGAGGCGGAACCGAGUCCGUAGGGAAGCGGAUGAAAGCGAAGCGAACCAGGUAUAUUAUUUCGAACGAGCUUGCGUGGGGUGGAAGAGUAUGGUUAAUAACGGUAGCGAUUGGGUUGGUUGACAUGUGGCAGUUCGAGCGUUUGCGCUCAGUGGGGCAAAAAGCACAAAAGGGCAUAUUGAAGUGGCGUGCGCAUAAUGAUGAUUGUUGGUUCCGCCAAGGGCUCACGCAGUCCUUAGUUCAGGGACACAGUUCGACAGCUCAGUUUGCUGUUUUUCAAGGCCCAGUCAUGAUGGCAACUUCAGUGCAUUUGUUUAAUGACAUUGUUUAGCC